GAUGGUGGAGAGCAAAUAAGCCCCAAGCCACUGGUCCUGCUGCCAACCAGAGGACAAGUGCUGAGGUUUGGGUCUCAUGCCUCCACCCCCUCACCUGCUCAAGCCUAUAACUUUCAGGCUGGACAGCCCUCCAGCCAGGCCAAAACCACCCAGCUUUGUGCUCCACAGGGUCCCCACAGAGACGGCAUGGCUACCCAGUGCCUUUGUCUCCUGCUUUUGACCUGCCUGCUGGCCCUGGCAGCAUCUUUUCCUGAUGUUGACAUAAGAAACUUGUACCUCCUCAAUGGCACGAUGGAUGACAUUAUGAAUGCUCCCCCAGAGUCCUCCCAGCUCAAUGAUGGUGAUGGACACGUCCGACAGGCCAGGGACAUCGCCCACCACCCACCAGUGAGCCAUGCCUCAGGGUGGCCCAAGGACUGCAGUGAGAUCCCCCGUGGAAGCCACAGCGGCGUCUACAUCAUCCAGCCCAAAGGGCUGCACCACCUCGUGGUGUACUGCGAGAUGAACGUGACCCACGGGGGCUGGACCGUCAUCCAGAGGAACCAGAGGGACACCCCUGUCACCUGGGCCGAGGCCUGGAGCACCUACAAGUUUGGCUUCGGGAACGUGCGCACCGAGUACUGGCUGGGCACCGAGUACAUCCACCAGAUUGCCAAGCAGAAGGUCUACCAGGUCAGGUUUGUCAUCCAGGACUCCGCAGACAACCUCAGCUUCGCAGACUACAACCUGUUCAGCGUGGAGGACGAGUCCCACGGCUACCGGCUCAGGCUGGGCUCCUACAAUGGCACAGCUGGGGAUGCCAUGACCUCAGACAAUCCCAACAACAUGCACGACAACAUGAAAUUCUCUACAAAGGACCAGGAUCAGGACACUUACAGUAAGAACUGUGCCUACAGCUAUGAGGGCGGGUGGUGGUACUCAUCGUGUUACUCCGUGAGGCUGAAUUACAAGGGGGGCCUGACAUGGGGCAACCUGUGCAAGGGGAACUGCAAAUCCUCUCUUAUCCUCAUUAAACCAGCUUCAUAUUGUUAGUGCUUCUCCCUCCUCCUGUCCACAGUGGACAUUCUGCAAAGGCUCUGCACGGCCAAAGAGUGUGAGCCUCUCUGGAGCAGAGCGAGGAGCACAAGGGUAGCAGGGCUUUAAUGAAAUGCCACUUUACAGUCCCCCUCUCCAAUUGCAGACUCCCCUCUGCUCAGCCCCGUUCCCCUGUGCUUGCCAAUGAUUCCUUGUUAUUAUGUUCAUAAUCAAGAAUUAAAAAACACUGCUGAAAUUUGUGGAUUCCACAUGUACCUUCCCUGCAGGCGGAAGACACACAGUCCUGGAGUUACAUCAGAGUUUCCUUGCUGUCUCCAGAACUCACAGAAAGCAAUGCCCCAAAUUUCCAUAUACUCUGAGCCUCUCUGCAGUGUUUGAUAAGGCAUCCAAUAAACAUGCUUGCUUGAGCUCAUU